AUGGUAUACUGCCAAAAUUUUUUCUCCAAGAGCUUGGAACCAAUAUCUGAUUAUCCUUAUUCUGUUAUUUUGAUAAAAUAUAUCUAUUUUUCUUCUUUCUUUGAUUUUCUCUCAUUUCUUUCACACCUUUUCUUUUUCCUUUUUCUUUUCAUUUGCUUCUUUGCUCUUUUUUUAUUUCCUUCUGAUUGCUUCCAUCUUUUUUAUAUUGAUAUCUUUUCCUCUCCUUCCAUUUCUCUCAUCAGUCUCUCUCUUAUCCCGACUCCUUUCCCCUCUCUCUUAUCCCGACUCCUUUCCCCUCUCUCUUAUCCCGACUCCUUUCCCCUCUCUCUUAUCCCGACUCCUUUCCCCUCUCUCUUAUCCCGACUCCUUUCCCCUCUCUCUUAUCCCACUCUUGCUCUCUCUCCCACUCUCGCUCUCUCUCCCACUCUUGCUCUCUCUCCCACUCUUGCUCUCUCUCCCACUCUUGCUCUCUUUCCCACUCUUGCUCUCUCUAAUCACAUCCUCAUUUUUUCUCUUCUCUUACUUUUAUUCCCUCUCUUCUCUUUCUUGUUCCCUCUCUUUGCUUCCUCUUUUCUUCUCUUACCCUAUCUCACUCCCUCUCUCAUCCUACACCCUUCACUUACUCUCAUUUUCUUUCUCUUGUCUCACCCUCAUCUUUCUAUUCUCCUACUUUUGUUCUCUCUCUUGUCUCACACUCAUUCAUUCUCUUUGCCCACCCUAACUCAUUCUUCUUUUGUUUACUUUCUUUCCAUUUUCACAUGCCUAUUUUUUCAGCAAAAUCAAAAUAGCCACAAAAUGGCUUCUUUUGCUUUUCCCUAUCUUUUCAAUCUCAUUAUCUAUGUUUCUUUUUACUCAUACCUUUUUUAUUUCUUUUUCUCUUUCAAGUUAUGCAUACACACACAUAUGUACAGUUUUGUCCCCCUUUUAAUUGCCAUAUGUCUCUCUCUCUCUCUCUCUUCACAUUGUCUUUUUUUCCCCACUCCUAACCUAUCUUUCUGUAAGAAUGUCAACUUCCAUUUGCAUUCACUUUCUCUUCCAAACACAAUGCAUUUUCGUAAUCAUUUUCUUCUAUUCAGCUUUCAUCGCUUCCACUUUCAUGGUGGUUUUUUUUCUUCUCUAUUUUUUUUCUUUCAUCUUUUAUUUGGCAUUUAUUCACUCCUUCCCCACUCACCAUUUUCUUCUUUCUCAAAUAGCUUUUGUUUUUUAACUUCUUGUUUUUUCAUAUUUUUUUCUCAUCUCCUGCUUCUUUCAUUUUCUUUUCUUCUUUUUUCAGUUGAAACUUCUCUUAACAUUUUUCUAUCUUUUCUUCUUUCUCUCCCAGUUUCUCUUCUUUCUCUGUCACUCAUUCUCUUAUUUACUUUUAAUUAUUUCUUUUUUUUUAAUUCUUAUCUAAACCUUUUUUUCUAUUUUUUUGCUUCUUUCUUUUUUCUUCUUCAUUUUUUGUUGAAAUUUAUCUUAACAAUUUUCUAUCUUUUUCUUCUUUCUCCCUCAGUUUCUCUUUUACAGCUUACCUUCCUUUCCUUUAAAUUUUCCUCUUCCUUCCUUUAA